UGAUGGCUCAGACAAGAUGGGCCAAACAACACGAAAAAAAAAGAAUAAGAACAUUUCGAAUUUAUUUAAGGCCAAUAAACAACGUGAAAUGAAAAUAAAAGUGGUGAACAAUCAAGUAGAAAUUGAGCCAAAAACAAAAGAUGCAUCAACCCAAACAACAACCAGAACGAAAUCUGUAUCUAGUCAAACAGAACCAAGAAUGAAGAAUGGAAAUAUUAACCAACAAUGGAAAUAUUAACGAAAUAGUGAGAGAAAAGGCAGCUUCUGCAGCAAAAAAAGCAAGACCAUUUCCAAAGCUUCAUUACCUUAGACACCAUUGCUCUGAAUUCAUUAAAAGACAUGGAUGGUGGGGCAUUGCUUCUGAGCAAGCGAUUGAAAGUUACCAUGCUGUCUUCAACAAACUGGAGUUCCGCUUCCGUAACGUCCGGGACAGAAAAUUACAAAUCGAAAGAAUGAUGAGGCACCAUUUUUUACUCAAUUAUUUGCAUGAUCGUGGAUUUAAUGAUUAA